AAAGGAAAAGUCUGUAUAGGGUGUUGUUAAUAGAAGCGCGUCCUGCCCUUCACGCAACACAAACAUUUAAUCAAGUAAACUACGGAUUUUUUAAAUUUGGAGUGGUUAUUUAUAUGCUUUUAUUAAGUUUUAACUGAUAUAAUAACGAUUUAAAAUGGAUCCAGCAAUUCCUAGGGUAAAAAACAAAAAUCCUGCUCCCAUCCAAAUUUCGGCGGAGCAAUUAUUACGUGAAGCCGUAGAAAGACAGGAUGUUGCCUUUGUUCCGCCAAAAGUUAGUAUUGCAGACUUAGAAGAGCUACAUGAAUUUCAGGGCCGAAAACGAAAGGGAUUUGAAGAUGCAAUUCGACGUAACAGACUAGCGAUGGGUCAUUGGAUGCGUUAUGGGCAAUGGGAACUUGAACAGAAAGAGUAUGCGCGGGCGCGAUCUGUCUUUGAAAGAGCUAUUGAUGUUGAUCCCAAGUACAUUCCCCUAUGGCUCAAGUAUAUUGAGUGUGAAAUGAAAACUCGUAAUAUAAACCAUGCUAGGAACUUAUUUGAUAGAGCUAUCACAUUCCUUCCUCGAGUUGACAAGUUGUGGUAUAAGUAUGUUUAUAUGGAAGAAAUGCUUGAAAACAUCACUGGUUGUCGUCAAAUUUUUGAGCGUUGGCUCAAGUGGCAACCAGAUGAGGUUGCCUGGAUGAGUUAUAUUCGACUGGAGCGAAGAUACCAUGAGAAUGAACGUGCUCGUGGUAUUUUUGAGCGUUUUGUUAUUGUCCACCCCGACGUAGUAAACUGGUUACGUUGGGCACGAUUUGAAGAAGAAUGUGGGAAUGUCGCGAACGUCCGGGCUGUUUAUAUGGCCGCCAUGGAUGCUUUGGGACAUGAAUUCUUAACUGAGAAGUUCUUCAUUGCGUUUGCUAAAUUUGAAAUCCGGCAAAAGGAGUAUGAGCGGGCUCGUACUAUCUUUAAGUAUGCCAUUGAUUUCAUGCCAAGGUCGAAGUCUGCUGAAUUAUAUAAGGAAUAUACCCAUUUUGAAAAACAGUACGGGGAGCAAUCAGGAAUUGAAUCAAUAGUAUUUGAUAAACGACGACUUGCUUACGAAAAUGAACUGAAGGAGAAUCCCUAUGACUACGACGUUUGGCUUGAUUUAAUAAAACUGGAGGAAAAGACCGGAGAUUUUGAGAGGAUUCGCGAAAUGUAUGAACAAGCCAUUGCAAAAGUCCCCGAAAGUAAGGAGAAAAGGGCAUGGUCUAGAUAUAUAUACAUAUGGCUGAAUUACGUUUUGUUUGAGGAGAUAGAUGCUAGUGAAGCGGAAAGGGCUCGAAAUGUUUACCUGCAGUGUCUGAAAUUAAUCCCUCAUAAAAGUUUUACGUUUGCAAAAGUUUGGAUUAUGUAUGCCAUGUUUGAAUUACGACAACAAAACAUUGAUGCCGCUAGAAAGACUUUGGGACGGGCACUAGGUAUGUGCCCCAAGCCUAAGCUUUUUCGGAGUUACAUUGAAUAUGAGGACAGUAUUAAACAAUUUGAUAGAUGUCGUAUUUUAUACGAAAAAUGGAUUGUGUAUGAUCCGGAAGCUUGUGCGCCUUGGCUUGGUUAUGCUAAUUUAGAAAACAAACUUGGUGAUACUGAUCGUGCUCGUGCUGUGUUUGAGUUGGCUGUUGCUCAGCCUGUUUUAGAAACACCUGAAUUGGUUUGGAAAGCCUAUAUUGAUUUUGAAUUUGAAGAAAUGGAAUAUGAAAGAGCGAGGUCUCUAUAUCAGCGCUUAUUAGAGACUGCUCCACACGUGAAAGUUUGGAUUAGUUUUGCCAACUUUGAAAUUGCACAUCUGGAAGACGAUGACGAAGAUCCCCCGAAUGAUGAUACGGCUUCUCCUACGGCGGUUAUACGUGCUCGUAAGGUAUUUGAAGCUGCAAUGACAAGUCUUCGUCAACAGGGAUUAAAAGAAGAACGUGUCGUUUUGUUGGAGGCUUGGAAGCAAUUUGAAAGCAUGCAUGGAACUGAAGAGACCCGCGAACGUGUCGAGAAACAGACACCACAGAUGGUUACGAAACGUCGCAGAUUGGAAAAUGGACUUUUUGAAGAAUACUUGGAUUACUUGUUCCCAGAUACUUCUGUGGACCAAGGAGACAAGAUGCGCAUGUUGUUGGAGAAAUCAAGACAGUGGAAGGAACAAAUGGAAAAAAAGCAAGCAACCGUCAAUUGAAUGUUUACUUUCUUUGAUUUCGUUGAGCAGUCUCGUGUAUAAGUAUGAUUCUUGAAAUGUGGCUUAAUAAAAGAAUUCUUUAUACUUAUGGUUGAUAUUCUGUAUUUAUUAUUUAUUACUUACGUUUAAGGGAAAAAAUGUAUAAAGACAGACCAAAUAAAAAAGGAAAAUUUGUUAAACGAUGGUCUUUUUAUCAUUUAUCUUCACGCAGUGCUUAUUGUGAAGCAAAUUAUUCAAACUGCUUGAACAUGUCAUUUUUUUUUAUUUUCUUUUUUUGUUGUCGGUUUCCUUUUCAUGGUUUCUUUACUGACUCAGUUUAACUCAAGCAAUCGCCAAAGUUGAAGCUCACAAUAUGUCUCAGCAAAUUCGCUCAUUCUUUUUGCCAAAUUAGAAAUGAAAUUAUAAAGGAAAUAUAUAAGAUUAAGUGAAUAUACAUUUUCGUUUUAACGUAAAUAAAUAUAUGUACAUAUAUGUACGCCUG